AUGAGAGGAGAAGCAGAGAGCUCAUCGGGGCCCAGGAUCUUACCCGGCUACCACGACCCAUUCCGCCUCCGAACCCAAACGAUGGUCCUAACACCGCUGAGGAAGAGAGAAGGCAGCUUCCGGUGUUGCGAGGGCGGCGAUAUAUUACCAGAUUUGGGUGGGAUGGGGUGUGAAGCAGGAGCAGCGAUGAGGAGAAUAGGGUCAAAUGGAGAUGCAAGAAUGGUCGGCAGAUGGUGUGCGACACCGGCAGAGGAGCGACAACAACUUCCAGUGGUACGACGGUAG